AUGUCCAGUGAACAAUUAACCUUCUUUGAGCCCAUAAAGGGUAUGAAAAUUGCUUAUGAAAAAAUGGCGGGACAAGUAGAUGUGAUGAGUGACAUCGGAUAUCCUGGAAUCGUAUUUUGCUCAGGUUUUAUGUCGAGUAUGGAAGGAACCAAGGCCGUGGCCCUACAUAACUUUUGUAAGAAACGUAACCUCAGCUAUGUCAGAUUUGACUAUAGUGGUACAUAUAAAUCAGCAAUAGAUGGACAAGAGUGCCUAAUCAGUUCUUGGAAAGAAAAUAUAAAGCAAGUUGUCCUCCAACUCACCAAAGGCCCACAGAUAUUAGUUGGUUCAAGCAUGGGUGGUUGGCUGAUGCUGCUUGUUGCUAUGGAGAUUCCAGAAAGAAUACAUUCCCUGGUUGGUAUAGCAACUGCUGCUGACUUUAUUGAGAGGAGAUUUGGAAAUUUAACAGAAAGGGAAGCCAAACACAUCCAGGAGAAUGGACUCACAGUAUCUGGACAAUGGGGAGAUUGGAAAAUGUCUCCCCACUUUGUUGAUGAUGCAAAGCAAUUUCAAAUUCUGAACAAAGAUGUGUUAAACAUCACCUGUCCAAUCAGAUUGAUACAUGGAAUGAAAGAUGAUACUGUCCCAUAUGAAACAUCUCUAAGUGUAGCAAGCAAAGUUACAAGUCAGGAUGUUGACAUUUUAUUCAGAAAGGAUGGUGAACACAGAAUGUCAAUGGACUCUGACAUUGAGCUUUUGCUUGAAACAGUUUCAAAGUUGUUACCAACCAAAAAUCAAUCAAAGAUGUAAUAUUAAUUUGCAGGGUAUACACAAUUUAUCUUCUGUGAAUAGUAUAUUUCUUACAAUAAUAAUUCUAAUCUCUCAAGAUAUGUAUUGUUCUUUUCAAGUUGACUUUCCAGUGCACCAUUAAGAAGGUCAUAUGUCAGUCUAACAUGUCAUUGAUCAGAAUAAACACAACACUUUAAUGUA